UCGUAUUCUUAUCUUUGCCAAAAAAAAAAAUAAAAUAAAAAAACGUCAUGCAAAGAGAGACGACGAACAAAAAAAAGUGGAAGAAAAAAUAAUAAAACAUAAUUUUUCUACAAAAAUAAUUACAAUUACAAAGUUAUCAUAAGUGACGCUAGACGCCAUUUUUUACAUAAAUCAUAUAUUAAUUAAGUUCGCUGUAAAAAGAACAAUUGCAAAAAAGAGGAAGAAGAAAAAAUGACGACGCGAGACAGCGACACAUCACUGUGGCUGCAUAAUAAACUCGGGACAUCAAAUGAUUCGUGGAUAAGUGGUUCAAUAUGCUCCCAAUUGAACAAGGAAGUGUUGCGCAACAUAAAGGAAUGCUUUCCCGAUCUUCAGACACAAGUCAAAUUGAAAUUAUUAUUAAGUUUUUUCCAUAUUCCUCGUCGCCUUGUGGAAGAGUGGAAAGCCGAAUUAGAGGAAGUUAUCGAAGUUGCUGGUCUAGAUUCAGAGCUAUGGGUUUCUAUGUUGGCGGAAAGUAUGAAAACAUUUCCUGCGACCAGCUCGCUCAAUACAGAGAUCUCGGAUUACGAGGAUACACGUCCCAUAUUCACAGAUAUGGUCAACGAUUUGCGCAAAUUAGUUUCGAAACACAGUGAUUUGGGCAUGUUGCCUUUGGAAUGUCAAUAUCUCAAUAAAAAUGCUUUGGUUUCGGUGGUGGGUCAACAACCAAAUACUGUUAAGCAUUUUACUAUUAAACGCAAACCAAAAAGUGCUACUUUGCGUACAGAACUUUUACACAAAUCGGCAGAUGCACAAUCUUCUCUGAAAAAGGCUUCGGCUCCAACAAUUCCCCUAAGAUCUCGAGGCAUGCCUCGUAAAAUGACAGACACUACUCCUCUAAAAGGCAUACCUUCAAGAGUGCCCACAUCUGGUUUUCGUAGUCCCAGUAUUAAUGCGACAAAUGCUCAACGGCCAAAUUUAAGUCGUACUCCAGCCGGACGCAAGGAUGGUGGCAUUAAACUAAUUGAAUUAUCUGAACAACCUUUGGGAUAUGCUGCCGCCAAGAAACGUAAACGUGAACAACAACUUGAAGAACAGGCUAGAAAGCAAGAACAAAAGGCGGCUGCUGCCGCAGCUGCUGCAGCCACUGCUGCUGGUAGCACUUCACCUUCGGCUGCCAAUAAUAAUUCACAAAUUGGCAAAGAGCCAAAUACCCCCACUACGCCCACUUCGGCUAAUAAUAGUUUUGAAAUUAAAACCGAAACGAAUCUUCUCAAUCAAAGUCAAAGUAGCAGUGCUGAUGAAGGUCACGCUUCCGAUAGCAAGGAAGACAUUAAACCGGUCAUUAUUGCAACAACUGCUACCAUAAAGGAGGAUGAAAAACCAUCUGUAACUCCCGAAUAUGCUCCACCAUCUUUGAGUUAUACACAAAAUACUCCAGCUGGUAUAUUGGAUAGUGUUAAUAACUCUCAACUGGAAGACACCAAACCCAAUACACAGACUUUGAUUAAGACCAUCAUGCCAUCUCAGUCUCCGGAGAAAUCAACCAUUACUUUACAAACUCAACAGCAGCAGCAACAACAACAGCAGCAAACAACUAUUAACAACAAUAAUAAUCUAAAUCAUGUAAAUAAACGUAUUAAGCAAGAAAUCAAAAUUGAAAGUGAAGAAAUACUGGUACCGGCCAAUAUAAAAGUCGAAAAAAUAGAGCAGCCAACUAUCACGACUCAUACACAAACUCAAACCUUAGGUCAGCGUAUACAACAACAGCAGCAAACUCAACAAUUGGCUCCACAAAGCCAACAAAGAGUUAUUAUACAACAGCAAGCUUUACCGACAUUGCAUCAAAUACAAACUUCAACAUCUCAACAGCAACCAACCACACAGCAUGUCAUAAUACGUACGUCUCCACAACAGCAAAAGCAAACAUUGACUGUACGCCAGCAGAAUACGCCCACAACACCUAUCAAAAUGGAAAAACUAGAAAUCAAGCCAUUGGUGCGUACCACUACUACUCAGCCAGGGACUAUAAUAACGCAACAACAACCCAUGCGCCCUGCCAGCAAUUCAACGUCAACAAAUCCAUUGGCCAAUUUACCCAACAAUAUUUCCGUUAAAAUUACCUCUACGAAAACUGGUAAAGUAACUCAACAGCAGCAACAGACACAGCAACAACAGCAACCCAUAUUAAUAAACAGUUCUACACCAGUGAUAUUGGCUUCGACACCCUCACAAACGGCAGCCUUAAGACAAAAGCAAUUGGCAACGGCCACGGCUACAACACAGAAUGCCACACCACAAACAGCCCAGGCCAUAAAAUCGAUGCCUUUGAGUCAACUGAAGAAUGCCACUAACAGUGGGCCGGUUAUUAUUUCACAAACCAUCAUACAACCAGCCAAGAGAGCUCAACAGCAGCAGCAACAACAACAACAACAACAGGCUUCAAAUCAACCACAAAAAACUCAAAUCAUACAACAGCAACAGCAGCCACAACAACAGCCAACAACUACAACCACGCAAUAUAUAUUGACACAACAACAGCAGCAGCAAACACUACCAACAUUAACAACAUUUACACCAAAUCGUCAACAUCAAACCUCGUAUCAAACAACCUCAUCAGCACCCCAAACACCGACAUCAACAAAAAUUCUAUUGAAAACUUCACCCAGUUCGUCGGUGGUAAUACGUCAACAACAGCAACCCCAACAGCAAACGAUCAGUGUGAGUGGUGGCAAUCCACCACCUUUAAUAGCCUCAUCCUCCACUACCACCACUACACAACCAACUCUCCUGAAUAUACAAAAUGUUCAGCUGCCCAACCGACCUGUAACAAUUCAACCUGCUUCACAAGCUGCCCAACAACAACACAUACAAGCCCAAUUGCAACAGCAACAACAACAGCAGCAACACACCUUAGUCUCCAAUAACACCGCCACCCAACAGCCGAAACUCACGCAAGUUCUCAUGCAGCCUGGGUCGAGUAAUGCCACCACAGUUUCGGCUCAAUCGUCGGCAAGCGGUGGGAAUGCGAAUGUAAAGAAUAAAACUAUAAUUCUAACACAGAAGGGUGUCAUUUUGCGUAAUAUUGGUGGUGAUAUGUACCAACAGAUUCCCAUUAGCAAUGUGGGUAGUUUGCAAUCCCUUGGCUCAGGUGCUACAACACUCAUGACAACUGCGGCUGGUCCGCCUGGACUUGUAAAGACAACAUCGGCCACCACAAUGCAACAACAUCCUACACAAACUAUAACAUUGCAACAGCAACAAGGUACACAGGCAUCGAAACAGUUGACCACCAUAAUACCACAACAACAGCAUUUGAUUGUGCAGCAACAACCACAGUCCACAACAAGUUUAUUAACAAAUCAACCUUCACAACAAACCAUUAUAAGACCGGUAAUGACAAAUGUACAGAGUGGUCUUACAACACUACCAGGUGGUUUAACCUUAAUCCAAAGACCUGGUCAACAGCCUCAAUUGGUGCAGGUGCAGACUACACCGGUACAACAGCAGCAGCAACAGCAAACUCAAAUACAACGUACCAUUAUCACACAACCAGCCCUGCAGCAGCAGACGCAAUUGCGUCCUCAACAGAUAGUGUUGCAACAGAAACCGGCAACUACUCAACAACGUUUAAUAACAACAACAGGUGGCUUAGCCAAUACAGGUACACAACAACUUCAACUGCAACAAACAAAUACAGGUGGUAUACAACGUACCCACAUUAUACAAAUGCCCCAACAGCAGCAGCAGCAACAACAGCAACAAACACAGGCUGCGCCACAACGUAAAGGAUUGUCACUAUCGAUUGAACAUGUUCAUGAAGCUCAUGAUAUGUUUCGUAAAGCUAAUAGAGUAUCUCGUCCAGAUAAGGCUUUAAUUUUGGGCUUCAUGGCUGGUUUGCGAGAUAAUCCUCGACCAAAUUCCGAAAAUGUGAUUGUUAUCAAAUUGAGUGAAAAGGAGGAAAAAGUUCAACAGGAAGAUGGUAAUACAGCAUUAUGUUUAGUUGAGUCUCAUAUACGUUUGGAUUAUAAUACGGGCGAAUGGAAAACAUUCCAAAAUUACAGACGCCUCGAUCAAAGUAAUCAAAGUUCUGGCGACAGUGGCGGUGGUGGUGGAGGUACUAGUAAUGUUAUGCAAACACAAAAUUCCGUGGUCAUAUAAUGAAUAAGGCCCGCCACAUCAACGGGCCCUUCAACAUCAAAACAAAAUCUAAAAAAAUGAAAAAGAAAAGAAACAACAAGAUAACUUUUUUGUAAUUUAAACCAUACACACACACUCAUCAUAGGGAAAGCUUAGUUUAAAGCGCUUUACACACUGAAAACCAUUUACAUCAUGAAACUAAACAGACAAAUAUUCAUUAAACAACACAAUUUUGUGCUGAUAAAAAGUGAAAAAAUUCAAUCAUGCGCCACCUACAUUUACAUUUUCUAAUUUGUUUAAAUCUAAUAAACAGCAAGCUUUUUACUCCAAUAAAGCAUCAUCAUCAACAUCAUUACGAAUACUACUUGAACAUCUAUCCAUAUAAUUUUACAAUCAAGUUUAUCAUGUUUCGAAGAAACAUAAAAUCUAUAAAUGCUGUAUUAAAUGCAGUUUAGCUGCUUACAAUUCAUAAUUAAAACUCUACACUAUAUAUUCAACAACAUCCACAUCAUGAUCAUGAUCAUCAUCAUCAAUCAAUUACAAUUUGUUUUAAUGUUGGUAAGUAAGUAAUUUCUUAAUGAUUACUGCUUUAAAUUAAUUUUCUAUAGUUUACAAAUUCCUCUAUUCUUUAUUUUAAUUGCCUACCCUUAAUAUCAUACAUACCCUUUAUAUCUAUCCUUCCUGCCCAAUCAACCACAACAUCAAUUUAACAUUAUUUUGCCUUUGUACCCAAUUAUUAAAUAGAAUGCAAAAAUUAAAAAAACAAAAUAAUUAAAAUUUCUAAUGAAUUGAAAUAUACAUAUAAAUAUAUACAACAUAUAUAUAUUUUUUGAAUUAACUAGGAAUUAUAUAAAAUACAAAUUACUACAAGGAUUUUCAAAUUUUGUUUAGAUUUUUUUCUCAAUUUCAUAAAACUUCUUGAUUAUUUUGAAACUUUAACUUUUAAAUAUAUUAAACUUGUCUUUAUAUUGAAAAAAAGGUAAACAAAUGAAAUGAAAAAGGAAACAAAAAUAAAUAUAAUGUAAAACGUUUAUCAAUAAUUUAGUUGUACAAAAAAAAAAAAAAAUUAAAAAAAAAUAUUAAAACCCUGGUAGUUUAUUCAUAAUGCUUAGAUUUAUAUAAAUAUAAAAAACUAUAUAUAAAAUAUAUAAUAAGACAACAUCAGAA